AUGAGGUUAUCAACGGCAGCAGUAGCUGUUAGUGCUUUGGCACUGCUGUCACCAACGUCAGCCCAAAAAGUAUCCUAUACAGCAACCUCAGAGCUCACCUUUCUCACCGGAACGAGAACAGAACGCCCAACUUAUCAAACCGGUCCUCCCACGGGGCCAUAUCAGUCGUAUGGCUCUAAAAUUACCCUCACCGGAGCCAACAGCUCAACUACCAUGACCACGUCGAGCGGAACUAUGACAACCGGAGCGAACUUCACCACGACCACCUCAUCCGCCCCGAAAAACACCCAGCCAUGCAAUAAUCACGUCGAAUUUUGCAAGAGGAAAUACAGCAAUAUAACCAAUGUCGGAUGCCACAACUCGCCUUUUGUUCGACCAGGAAACAGCGGUUCCAAUCAGGAAGUGGACGUGACAACGCAACUGGAUGAUGGCGUUCGGUUUCUCCAAGCCCAGAUUCAGUGGCCUGCAAACUCAUCGACGCCGCACUUCUGCCAUACUUCAUGCGACCUCUUAGAUGCCGGCCCUAUCUAUAAAUGGUUAGGCAAAGUGUCUGAUUGGGUCGACGCGCAUCCGUAUGAUGUUGUGACCAUCCUACUCGGGAAUGGCAAUUAUUCAGAUCCUUCAUUAUACGUCCCCUUCAUUGAACGAUCCGGCAUAACCAAGUACGUGUAUAACGCGCCAUAUCUCCCUAUGGCCCUCAACGACUGGCCGACUUUGGAGGACAUGAUUGUUCGAGGAAAACGGGUUGUCAUGUUCCUCGACUAUGCGGCCAACCAAACUAAGUAUCCUUGGUUGUUGGACGAAUUCUCCCAGGUCUGGGAGACACCAUUUGAUCCGAUGGACCGCGCAUUUCCAUGUACAGUGCAGCGACCCCCGGACCUACCCAAGGAGGCCGCUAAAGACAGGAUGUACAUCAUGAACCACAAUCUCAACGUCGAGUUCAAUGUUUUUGGCGUUCAGCUACUCGUUCCAGCGGUGAAUAUGCUCAAUGAGACAAACGGGUUCUCAGGAGAUGGCAGCGUAGGCAAAGCAGCGAAUAAUUGUCGUUCAGACUGGGGACGUGCACCUAACGUCCUCAAUGUUGACUAUUACAACUAUGGUUCGCCAAAACCCUGUUCAGUGUUCGCCGCUGCUGCAGCAGUGAACAAUGUGACUUACGACUACUCUCGGCCGUGCGGUCAAGCUUCCGCUGCAUCAAGCUUCGUGCCUCCAAGUCUCUGGGUGUCGGUGCCAGCAAUUGCUGCGUGGGGUCUUUGCUUCGUGUGA